GGGCGAUAAAGUGUUAAAACAAUUUGCAUGGAAGCUCGUCAUCUAAAACGAAAGAAAAAAGAAUUCAGAGCUUUGUAUUUGCUUUUAUUGUUGUAUGAUGCUGCGCUCAAAAUAAGAACAUUUUCAGUUUUUUUGUAUGUUUGAAAGACAAGGACGCAGCAGAAUUCAAAUGUUGCUGCGAUGUUGAGUACUACGACAAGCAAACUGAAUGUAUUGGUCAACAAGCUCCACGAGUACUUGGCCCAUUCCGCUCAUGAAGACAGCAAUGCCUCAGCUGAGACUGAUGAUAUAACAAACAGGAAUGGCACAGUGGGAAAUUCAGCUACCCCGUCUGUGAUGGAGGUACUUGUGGACACAAAAUUCUCCAGAAGAAAACCAUCUGUCGUUACAAAGCAUUCAGGCUUGGACGAGUCUGCAGACUCAAACGACAGCGACAAUGUAGAGUUCCCCUUCAGUGCAAACGGUCACCCAGAUACCACUUGCCUUCCGAAAGGCACUGUUUUGGUCAGACCUGAACCUGUAGAUAACGGCAGAGAUGACUUCAGGGGUCCUGAAUUUCGCAGCCGGAAAAGUAACGUUUUACGGAAAGAAUUUUCAAGGAGACGUGGAGGAGGCGACCAUUUGGAAAUUGUCAGUUGCACUGCCUGUGGCCGCCAGGUUAACCACUUCCAGAGAGAUUCCCUUAUUCGCCACCCGGUUCUCAAAGUACUUAUUUGCAAGUCAUGCUACAAAUAUUACUCAAGUGACGACAUCAGCAAGGAUGGCGAUGGAAUGGAUGAGCAGUGCCGUUGGUGUGCAGAAGGGGGCAACUUAAUCUGCUGUGAUUUCUGCAGUAAUGCCUUUUGCAAGAAGUGCAUUCUGAGAAAUUUGGGGCGAAAGGAGCUUUCUGGUAUCUUGGAGAGCAAGUGGUACUGCUAUGUGUGUAACCCUGAGCCCCUUUUUGGCCUUGUGAUGGCGUGUGACAGCAUGCUGGAGAACAUGGAGCAUCUGUGGCAACAGCACCGUAAGAGGAAUCGAGCCGAGCCGGGGAAAUCUGAACUUUAUGGCAUGCUGCCUCUUCCUCAAAUCGUUCCCUUCGCUAAAUGGGAUCACAGUGGCAUGGAUAGUAGUGUUGUGUUCAACUACAACACUUUAAAUGUCUCAGAGGACAUGACCGCAAAGGUCAAACAUUUGGUGGACUCUGCAAACAAUGUUAACACAAGCUUUAUUCAUUUUAUUCAUACUGCGACAAAGACUAAACAAGGUGUUCGAAGCCUCUAUCUGAAGUCUUAUUUGACAGUGGUGAAAUCCAUGCGAACGUCUCUUGCGGCACUCGAGGAAAGCCUUAAAGAAGAAUUCAGCGACUUGGGCGUCUCCAGCUGUUGGGAGGAAUUACUUAACAAUAAUUUUGUGCCCCAACCUGCUACAGAAGCAGAUGCGGAGAUCGCCCAUGAUGGAAGCUUAAAUAAAUUGUCAAAGGUGUCAGAUGAAUAUGUGGAAGAGGAAGUCCUCACAGAUGUGAGAUGCACAAGUGAGGACAUUGACUCUCCUUCACACAAUGUUAAAAAAAGUCAGCAGACGACUGACCCGCAGUCUCCUCAAAGUGGUGUCAACAUGACCAAAAAGUUAGUGGUCAAACUCACACCAGUACCUGUGGAGGAGGAGCCCUGCUCAGAUUCACAGCUUCUUCCAGAUGACAUGGAAGAAGAGCUCUUUAAGGCGAAAGAUGUGUCCACAAAUGAAGAGACAGCUGUUGCUGACAGUAAAAUGAGCAUAGACCACCCGAGCACAUCAAUCCACCUAGAAGAGGAUCAAGGAAAUCGGCGGUCUCCCCGUGUGAAGACAACACCGUUGCGUCGUCCCAGCGAUGUCAAUGGUAAACCGGCUCGUGCCACAGCAGACAGCGAGAGCGACUCGGACCCCGAGGUAGCGCCAAGCUCAGUAGUCGCCCAAACCACUGAAGAACAAGGUCUAAGCCAGACCAGAGAUGACUCUGACUCAGAUGAAAUACCUGCAGCGCUUCUCGAGCGAGUAGCUAUGACUCAAAGCACUGAUGAGCACCAGAGUGACGAUGAUGAUGGUGGCAGUCAAGCCUCUACCAAAGUGGCCAAGAAGCGUCUCUUCUGGCUCACAAAGAACACACCGAUAUCGCCGGAGAGGAUUCGUCGCAAACGUAAGCUGCUGGACCGUUCACCCGAAUCUGACUCCAUAGCUAAGACUCGACGAGAAAGGGGGACGGAUUCCUCUAGUGAUGAUCAAGACCCGCAGGAUCAAAUGCAGCGCCUGAAGACCCUGCGGUCUGUUGGCAAGUCUCAUCUCGUCCAGAGUGAAACCGAUGGAUGCGCUCGACAGAAGGGGGUAGCUGAGGCCAGAAAGCACAAGACUCAAGCUUGCCAAGAAGUUAUAGAGACCACGUCGUCAUCAAGCGAGGACGACCAUGAGGAUGACACCGGGAGUGACGGCGAUGAUCAUAAGAUGAAAGCAAUCACAGACGAUGAGGCGUUACAGGGAUCCGCGACUUUCCAUCAAUCAUCUGGCGAUGAGGAUCAAGCUGGGCCCACCUGGGCAACAGGAGAUGACGACGACCCUGAAAAUAGAAUCGCUAAGAAUAUACUUUUGGCCCAAAUCAAUGCCAACUUCUCAUCGCUUGAUGAGUUGUCAUCAGAUGCGGAAACACAGGAUGAUGAGUCUGAGGCUGAAAUGGAAUUUAAACAAGUCUGUGAAGAAUGUGGACAAGAGGGAAAUGGGGAAAACUUGUCCUCGUCGUCUACUGACGCUGACACGGAUGGCCCCAACUUGAAGCAGCACCACUUGCUGCGCCACAAACUCACCUUGGAUGAGGGAGCAGGAAGUGACAAGGCAGCAUCAGGGAAUGAAGUAGGAAAGGCAGACAAGAAGAGGAGAGUCACACCCAAGCAGCUUAGCACUGAUGAUGAGAGCGGAGAUACUGAUAAUAGUUCGUCGGAGCUGGAAGGACUUGGAAUGAGCGAGGAGCUGAGUGAAUCAGAGGAAGAAGAGAAGCUAGAAAGUCCACCCCUUAAAGUCAAGGAAGAGCCCCCCCCUCCGCCUGUAAACAAGACCCCGGUGACCUGCAUUUUGUUGUCUGACACCAGCAGCGGGGAGAGCGAGCAAGAGAAUGCAGAGGGUGAGCAUAGUAGCAGUCAGGGCACACCCAAAGGACGCAAGAAGAUCCGCAAAAUUAUCCAAGACGACAAUCUCCGGUCCGAGACCCAGGAGGCGCUGCGAGAGGAGGAGGAGCGAUGCAAACGACUGGCAAGUCGGGAGCAGCUGAUGGAGGACCGACGAGAGACAAUUGUCGUAGAUCAGUCUCAAGAGUCUGUCACCACCAAGCUGAUUCUGGAUCAGGAUGAGCAGACCAGGACACCUCUAGUCCAGGUGCACAGGAAUUUAGUGACCGAACUGAAGCCUCAUCAAGUAGAUGGAGUCCAGUUUAUUUGGGACAACUGCUGUGAGUCAGUGAAGAAGGCCAACUCCUCUCUGGGAUCAGGUUGCAUCCUGGCCCAUUGUAUGGGCCUGGGAAAGACUCUACAGGUGGUUGCCUUCCUGCACACGGUGUUGCAGUCGAAAAUCCUACAUUUUAAAACGGCCCUAGUUGUGUGUCCUCUCAACACUGUUCUCAACUGGGUUAGUGAGUUCAACAAAUGGCAAAAACAGUUGGGGCAAGAUAGACUGAAGAUUACUGAGCUGGCCACCAGAAAGAAUUUUGCUGACCGAUUCCGAGCUCUGCAGACCUGGCACAGUACUGGAGGUGUGAUGAUUAUGGGCUACGAAAUGUUCAGAAACCUCUCACUAUCCCCGAAACUGGAUGGUAGCGAAUUAAAGAAGCAGUUUCAUACUUUACUGGUGGAUCCAGGUCCAGACUUUGUGAUCUGUGAUGAAGGGCACAUUCUGCGCAACGAGAACUCCAACAUUUCCAAAGCCAUGGGUGCCGUGAAGACGCGGCGGAGAUUGGUGCUAACUGGCACGCCGUUGCAAAACAACCUCGUCGAGUACCACUGCAUGGUCAACUUCAUCAAGAGGAAUCUUCUGGGCUCACUGGGGGAAUUCCGAAACCGCUUCGUCAACCCCAUACAGAAUGGCCAGUGCGCUGACUCCACACCCAAAGAUGUCCGAAUCAUGAAGAGGCGCGCACACGUCCUCCAUGCAAUGCUGUCCGGAUGUGUGCAAAGGAGAGAUUACUCUGAGCUGACUGAGUUUCUACCUACCAAAUACGAGUAUGUGGUGGCAGUUCGAGUGUCACCUCUUCAGUAUAAGUUGUACACUCACUACCUCCAGCACGUCAGUGGCUUGGGCAGUGUUAUUGGCACUGCAAAAAUGAAGAUCGGAGCCAACCUGUUCAAGGAUUUUCAAGCCCUGAGCCGGGUUUGGACUCAUCCUUGGUGCCUUCAACUCAGCUAUAAGGCCAAAGAAAAAACGCUCAAAGCACAUUUGGUAAAGAAGAAUCAUGCCGGCGCUCCGGUCAUGGGAAGCCCUUUUGCUUCCCGUGGUGGACCAAGCAACAGCACCGCCAAUGAUCCGAUCCCCUUCGCUGCAGCAAAUGUUGCUGAUACUGCAUCAAAAGACCCGUGCUGGUUCAAAGAUAUGCUGUCUCAACACGACGCCAAAAUCUUGGAGCACUCGGGCAAGUUGGUGCUCUUACUUGACAUCCUGAGGAUGGCUGAAGCGUUGAAUGACAAAGUACUUGUGUUCAGUCAGUCCCUGAUCUCGUUGGACCUGAUUGAGGAUUUCCUGGCCGCUUCUACCCAGAGAAGAAAGGACUCUUCCGAAGCGGGAAGCUGGAUUAAAAACAUGGAUUACUAUCGUCUGGAUGGCUCCACCACGGCUGCAUUACGGGCGAAAAGGGCAGAUUGUUUCAAUAAUCCCGCUAACACACGUGGUCGGUUGUUUCUCAUUUCAACAAGGGCCGGCUCGCUGGGCAUCAACCUGGUGUCUGCCAACAGGGUGAUCAUCUUUGACGCCUCGUGGAAUCCGUCUUACGACAUUCAGAGCAUCUACAGAGUCUACCGCUUUGGCCAGGUCAAGCAAGUGUUCGUGUAUCGCUUCUUGGCGCAGGGCACAAUGGAGGAGAAGAUCUACGAUCGCCAGGUGACGAAGCAGUCUUUGUCUUACCGAGUUGUGGAUCAGCAGCAGAUCGAGAGACACUUCACCCUUUCCGAGCUCACUGAACUUUACACGUUUGAGCCAGACUUGUUGGACGAGCCUCAUUCCAAGAAAAGCAAGCGGAAGACCUCUGACUUGCCAAAGGAUCAGGUUCUGGCAAUGCUUUUGGAGAAGUGCAAAGACCACAUAGUCAGCUACCAUGAGCAUGCGUCUCUGCUGGACCAUAAACAAGAGGAGGAGCUCACUGAAGCAGAACGCAAAGAUGCCUGGGCCGAGUAUCAGGCUGAGUCCCACCCAGCCAGCGCCCCAGUGAAAAUUAAGCCGGAAACCUUGAAUUUGAGGACCAAUGAAGAGCUAGUGGACUUGCUGAACAAGAGCAGAGCAAAAUUAGCGGCCUCCUUCCAGGCCGUGCAGGCCAUGUCUUCUCACCCUGUUGAGGAAUACCUGCUACAUGUGUGGCGCCAGAAUCCACAACUGCCAAUGGAUCAGAUCAGGUUGAAGGCCGUUCAGUGGAAACAAAUUGACACUAAGGAGCUGGAGCGGAGAAAGGCCUUUAAUACAGAAGUUCUUGAAGAGCAGCGAACACUAACACUGCACAUCCAGAGCAUUUUGAGUGAGCGACGCAAUCAAGAGAUGCAGGGGGCGGCAUCUGCUGAAAAUCAGCAAAUAGCAACAAAUAAGUGAAGGAGGCAGAAAAAGAGAAGCAUUUGGUAUUGAUGAAAAACAUGCAUACAGUCUCAGUUGUCCAGCUAUGUGCCAUCUUUUCAUUGUUUAAAUCAUUUCAACUUUUGCAUAACCAUGUUUUCUACAAUAAGCACUUUAAUAGUUCAUCCAUGUGAUGAUUUCCACAAAGAAUGCUAUAUGCCUUAAUAACUGAAGUGCUCAUCUUUUUUCCCCAAGACUGAUAGUAAUUCGUAUAGUAUUAUACUAAGUAAUAGAAUCAGUAUCAGUUUUUGUCUCUCUCAGUGGCAUAAGACACUUUAACGCUUCGGUGAGCAGGACAGGGACAUACUUUAAUACUAUUUAAGACUUGUUUCUCUGUUUAUUAAAAUAUUUCUUAUUUUUGCCUUUUGUGCAUUUUAGCUUUUUUGUACAUUCUUGCACUGUUCUUGUCAUUGACACAUGCGAGGAAGUUUACUUCCUUCAAGGAUCAAUAAAGUAACAAAAAAAAAUAAGAAGUAAAUACUUGACCCUGAGAAUACUCCAUGCAAUACAAGAAACAAAGAAAUAGGCACAUACCAAACCGCAAAAGCCUCAGUCUUCAGAUGCACGCUACUUUCCGUGUAAGGGUGUAUACUUUGACAAAAUGGACUUGUUACUUUUUUCAACCUCCACAUAUGAAAAUAUGACAUAGAAACAAUGUCAAUUGAGAGGUUAUGUUUACCGCCGUUGAGGCCUUCAUUGACUGACUGAGAUCUUGGACUUUUUGUUCUUGUGCCAAGUUAUCAAUACAUGUACUGUAUAUAACUGACAGGAAGAAAUCAUUUUUGCUUUUGUGGGAAGUACAUUUCAGAGUGUAUAUGUUUUUACUUUAAGUUAAAGCAGUUGAUCAGUACUUCUACUUUGUUUCCGCUUUAUUCGUGUAGGAUAGGAACCGAGCCCUGUCGAGAAAUGUGUUGAUAAUUGCCAAUAGAUGCCACAAGAUGGCAGCAAAGCACUGCUUUUGUGUAAAUUAAACUCUUCAUUUCACUUCGACAAAGUUCCUUGGCACCAAGAUGCCACAAUUUGGAGACAAAGCGCUACUUUUAUCAGAAUGAAACUUUUCAAAUCACUUCAACAUGGUUCAUUCGCACUAAAAUGUAAAAUACAAUUUAUUAGCAAUACUUUUGCUUUGGCCUGAGCACAUCAACAGGAAAUAAGUGAAUUUGCAGAUGCCAAACUGCGAAAAAGCAGGUAUUCAUUGCUUCUUUUAUGUACAGGUUGUGAGAACUUCUGCCGCCCCUGCUUCGUGCUGAUGCUGUAAAGGAUGCAAAACUGUACAAUUUAAACAAAACAUUUAAUAAGCAACACUGACAAAUGUUAAGUUAAAUCCACUUGUUUGGAUCAUAGCCACAUUUAUUCACAAUACUAUUUUACAUUAAUAAAAAAAUAUUUGAAAACAGUCAUGAAAAAGUAGGCUGGAGACUUUCUGUGACUGCUUUCAUUUCCUGAUGUUUGAGGUCCUGGAAAAAAAAAAGCAGUCUGAGCUGUUUCUGGGUCAUGCAGAGGGAAAAGAAACAAAAUGGCGCCAAGAGCUGCAAACGCUGUUCAGCUCUUGUCGAGUGCAGCACAUGAGCUAUGUUGGGCUGCAUGCUGUGCCAUCUGUCAAUGUCCUGUGUCCAAGUCCCUCAUGUACUCCUGCAGGGCCUGAAGCCUGGCGUCUAUCUCCGACAGCUCCGCGCCUGUGUCGAUGGAGCUCUCUGAGAAAUGGAGCGUGACAGUAUACAGUGGUGUGAAAAAGUGUUUGCUCCCUUCCUGAUUUCAGAUUUGUUUUGCAUGUUUGUCACACGUAAAUGUUUCCCAUCAUCAAACAAAUUUAAAUAUGAGUCAAAGACAAAACAAACCUACUUCGCCCUGUGUGAAGAAACGAUUGCCCCCCUAAACUGGUUGGUCCACACUUAGCAGCAACAACUGCAACCAAGCGUUUGCCAUAACUUAAAAUUAAUCUCUUACAGCGCUGUGGAGGAAUUUUGGCCCACUCAUCUUUGCAGAAUUGUUGUAAUUCAGCCACAUUGGAGGGUUUUUGAGUAUGAACCGCCUUUUUAAGGUCAUGCCAUAGCAUCGCAAAAGGAUUCAGGUCUGGACUUAGACAAGGCCACUCAAAAGUCUUCAUUUUGUUUUUCUUCAGCCAUUUAGAGAUGGACUUGCUGGUGUGUUCUGGAUCAUUGUCCUGCUGCAGAACCAAAUUUCGUUUCAGCUUGCUCACACGACCGGACAUUCUCCUUCAGGAUUUUUUGGCAACCAGCCGAAUUCAUGGUUCCGUUUAUCACAGCAAGUUUUCCAGGUCCCGAAGUGACAAAAUAGCCCCAGACCCUCACACUGCCAUCACCAUAUUUUACUGUUGGUAUGAUGUUCUUUUUCUGGAAUGCGGUGUUACUUUUACGCCAGAUGUAAUGGGGCACACACCUUCCAAAAAGUUCAACUUUAGUCUCGUCAGACCACAGAGUAUUUUCCCAAAGGUCUUGAGUAUCAUCAAGAUGUCUUCUGGAAAAAUUGAGAUAAGCCUGGAUUUUCUUUUUGCUUAGCAGUGGUUUUUGUCUUGGAACUCUGCCAUGCUGGCCAUAUUUUGCCCAGUCUCUUCCUGAUGGGGAAGUCAUAUUGACCUUAACUGAGGCAAGUGAGGCCUGCAGUUCUUCGGAUGUUGUUGUGGGGUCUUUUGCGACCUCUUGGAUGAGUCGUCCCUGCGCUCUUCGGGUAAUUUUAGUCGGCCGGCCACUCCUGGGAAGGUUCAUCACUAUUGUCUGUUUUCACCAUUUGUUGAUAAUGGGCCUCACUGUGGUUCGCUGGAGUCCUAAAGCUUUAGAAAUGGCUUUAUAACCCUUUCCACACUGUUAGAUCUCAAUUACUUUCUUUCUCAUUAGUUCCUGAAUAUCUUUCGAUCUCUGCAUGAUGUUUAGCUUUUAAGGAUCUCUUGGUCUACUUCACUUUGUCAGGCAGGUCCUAUUUAAGUGGAAAGAAAAUAUCAGGAAAGUGGCAAACACUUUUUCACACCACCGUAAAUCAAUGCGCAGGGAUAUGAUCACAUUAGAAAUACUGUAUCUAUUAAACUAGAGAAUGCAAUUUCAGUAGGAAAUGCGUGUGAAUGCAGAAGAGCUAACGCUGAAUUGAAAUGCUGUGCAAUUCAUUAAGAAAAAUGUUGAAUAUGAGACUAAAAAAAGCUUAAUUCAAAUGACUGAGGUACAUUUGAAAAACUAUCAAUUUCAUUUGGAAUUUUAUCAUGAAAAAUUUAAAAUAUACAACCAAAAAUCUGAAUUUGGGGAAUGUAAAAAAUAUUUUGUGAGAUGUCCUGAAUGAGCUUAACAAUUUGGAAGUUGAAUGGUUUGAACUGGUUGAGAAAUGGAGGAGGAGGAGCUAAGUAUGCAAAGUGUCUGCAUGGAUUUGGGAAUGUUGUCAUGGAAAAUGU